AUGGGACUUACACAGUCGUUGUCCAUUCACAAGGACGAUGCCAAGUCCAAGAUUAUGGGCUACCAUGACGUAGAUACUGCCGCUCGAGUGGCUAGAACGCUUGUUUUCAGAGAGUCUCUCGCCAAUUUGAAUACCUUAGACGUCGAGUCAGGCUAUCCUGUUGGUUUUGUUGAAUAUUAUGCAGACUGUCAGCAAGACGGUCAACCUUUGAUGCUCAUGAUUGACGUUUCAUCUUCUGAGAAGAACAUUGAGGCAGGCUCUAACUCCUCGUUGACCAUCCGAGUGGGUGAUCAUCAACCUAACGAUUUUGCCGAUCCUCAUUACCGAGGAAUGGUUCCAUUUUCCGUGGCUGGCGCUCCAAGAAUCAACUUGAAGGGUCAUUUGGUUGAGUAUGAUGCAACUCCUGAGGAUAAAGUGUGCUUCGGUAGGAGACACCGCGAGGCUGUCUCUUGGUAUCCUUCAACCUCGUUACAUGAGUCCAGAUGGGUCAAAUUUGAGAUCGAUUCCGUCUAUCUAAUCGGUGGAUUCGGCGAUAGAGCGUACAUUGGAGAUAUUCCAGUGGACACAUAUUUAGCCGCAGAGCCAUUCCCUGAAAGAAAGGGACCACACAGAAGCCACAGAGGUCACGGUGAUCAUAGAGGUCGCGGUGAUCGUAGAAAUGACAGAGUUCACGGAGAUCUUAAAGGUUACGAAGAUCUGCAAGAUCUCAAAGCUGCCAUUUCGGCCGUUGCUAUCGUUGGUGUCGCGUCUCUUAUCUUUAGAACAUAUCCUCAUUUGAAGCCGUUGUUCCUAUGCUGUAACAAAGAUUCAGAGUCUGAAGAAGAUAACAAGCCACUUUCGGACUCAACUGUUGUUGUUGACAAGGAAAUUGAAGAGUGGACCGAUAAGCAAUUGAAAGAGUUUCUCAAAGAGAACGAAGUUAUAGUUCCUGAAAGUGCGACUCAUUCGGAAUUAGUGGCCUUUGUUCAGCAGAUCCAGAAGUAG